AUGACGUCGCUCGUCGCCGCGGACGUGGACGCGAUGACGUACGAGGAGCUCUUGGAGACGUUUGGGCCCGGGGUGGAGGGCGUCGCGGGCGCGCCCGCGGCCGCGAUCGACGCGGUCCCGACGUCGACGCUCGCCGCAGAUUACGCAUGGAAAGACGCGAUCUCGGACGUCGAGGCGUCGUCGUGUCGCGUGUGCUUGGACGAGUUCCGCGUUGGGGAGAAAGUCAAGGCGCUGCCGUCGUGCGGGCAUCGGUUCCACGCGCCGUGCAUCGAUAAGUGGCUGCUUGGGAGGAACGCGUGUCCGAUGUGCCGCGUCGGGUUGCCGGAGACGCUGUGCGCGAUGGCGACGGGGGUUUCGGCGUCGGCGGCGUCGGCGGCGGCGGCGGGGUCGGCGGCGGGGUCGCGGGGGGAGGAGGAGGACGUCGUCGCGGCCGCGGUCGCGCCGUCGUCGGCCGGUUGGUUCGAGUGGGCGCGGCCCUCGGUCGUCGCGCCGUCGUCGUGGUUCGGACGCGGACGAGAUAGAUGA